CAGGAAAAACUCUAAAGCCAGCGAAAGCUAUAUAACUAGUAUUCUAGCUAGCUAGGGGUGUCUGCUUCUAGCUUGCUAUGGGAAUCUGCUUCUAGCUAGGGGGGAUUUUCUUCUAGCUAGCUAAGCACAAGUUAAGCACUAGCUAAGCACUAGAGGUGUCUGCUUCUAGUUAGCUAGCUAUAGGGGUACAUGUAUCUGCUUCUGCACUGAAACCUUUCUGCCGAGGUUACACAGCUCCGCUGGCUUAAUCCUUUUCGAUUUUUUACAUGAAGUUGCGUCUAAAAACCCUUUUGGAGCCAAAUUCGACAGAAAUUCGAAUUCCUCUCAUCAAGUUUCAUUGUUCUCCUCCGAGUGAUGCACAUGAGCAUUUCAUCAUUGUUGUUGGUUGUCAAUUGUUGUGCGUGUGAAUCAAAUCUUGACUGCGCCUCUGGUAGUAUCUGAGUUCAUUUGUCUAAUAAGGAGUAGCAGGAGAAGGGUCGGUCCUUGAGCUGGAUUGAUUAGCUAUUGAUUGACUAGCAUCGAAAAGAAAGAGUCGAGUCAGUUUGGAGUUCACUUGGUGCUUCCCCGAAAAACACGAACCAAACAACACCAACAAUUCACAGGUUUGCCACGCCCACAUUCUUGAUUGGAACCAUUGCUUGGAGCAAGAUGUCGCAAAUUGUAGACGAAAAGAAGACAGAGGAUGAAGAGCUCAAUUCAGUCCUCCACGGCCAACCCAAGAGUAACCCCACUUCAUCCACCGAAGCGUCAUUGCUGACGUCCCUGUCAGACAAUUUCAAAACCCAUUUGGACCGCUCCAUGGAGCAAAUUCUGACAGUGAUGCAACAAGAAUCUUCCAAACGAACGGCACUGGAGCAGCGUCUCCAUUCUCAAAUUUUGCUGCAAAAUGAAUUCAUGGUGGCCAUGGAAACCAAGCUCUUGCGCCUCGAAGCCAAAGUGGAGCGCCGUGAAGCGGCCAUUCGACAACAACAGAGUCUUCAUCAACAGCAACACUACCAACAGGCGCAGCGAGGGUACGCAUAUCAUCAGCAUCUGGCAGUGAACCGCCUACCCACCAGCUUUACGACAAUCAAUGAAAAUGUUGAAAUGCAUCCCAGUAAUAAUGGCAGUAGUGGUAGUGGCGACAAUGUGGCGGAGGAUCCUCCCAAUAAUUUGGCCGUCAUUAGUUCCGGUGCCAGUUUGGCAUCGGGAGUCACAGCGGGAAGUUUUCUCAAUGACGAUGGUGAAACGGCGGAUGAUGGCAGCGACAAGGAAUCCGAAGAGGGCACGCAGGAAUCAGAUUCUGGCAACCCAGUGACACACCACGAAGGAAUGGAAGCCAGUAAUCGAGAUCUUACAGCUUCGUCUUCUCAGCAGUCAACCCCCACGCAAGGAUCACGUCCUCCCCGAGUCACGGUGGGCGACAAUCUGGAGUCUAUUCUAUUGAAUCCCAUGAUUGGUGAGACCAACACUUUUGGACUGUCCGUCCGAGCCACACGAGGACAGGACACGGACGGCAAUUCAUCUUUGGCUACCAGCGUGACCAACAGCACCGUCGCCAAUACUGUGGUCACAUCCACUACACGUGGAGACGGGAGUACCGUCAAUGUGAGACGAAUCCUUCCUGACGAGCCAUCCGAAGUAGUCGAAAUGAACACCCCCUCUCGCCGGGGACGAUCUAACGCCCCGCAAGACAGUCGGGAGGAACCUCGCAGUCGAUCACAGAGUCCCCUGACGGUGGCCACACAUGCCAGUGAAACGUUGAGCUUUGCCAGUGCUUCUACGGUAGGAACAUCGAUUCGGUCGACUGUGGCAGUGGCGCCUCGCAGUGUCUAUGGACGUCGGGCCAUGGCAGUCCAUCAUCAGGCCAUGGCGGGCGCCAACUUUCCACCCGAGUCGCGUCCCUUGGCGGAUCGUGUCGUAUCCUUUACGCCGGAUCUGAUUACCAACAACAACUUGCCGACACCACAAUACACUGGAGAACCGGCGGAUUCCAUCACCGUGCCGGACGAAUUGGACAAUUUUUCAGAAGUGGCAGAUACAUUUGCCAACAGCGCUCGGGUGUGGCGGGAAGAGUAUGAAGCCAGGUUGAACGCACUACAGCAACGCUGGACCAGUGAUUGAUUCUUGAAGAUUGAAUCAUUCGUCAUGUUUUAAGGGCAGAAUAGAAGCCACCCGCUUGUCCUUCCAAAAUGAAACUGUUGUAUCUAUUGCUCGCAAACGUGCGAUGUUACCAACAGGUGUUACUACAUGUAUGGUAGUAAGAAGUAACUAUUGGAUAAAAGGCGCUAUGAUGAAGUUGAGGUCCAACUUAGUUACGCUU